CAGUCAGGUUCUUCUGAGCCAGAGAAGGAAAAUGCUGCAGAACAUCAGCCAGACCAGAAUACCUCUUCACAGGUGCAGAGUAUCAUGUCCUCUCAGCUCUGGUCUGUGAUGAUGGAGAUCUGUGAUCUGGUGGAUGGGAUUCCUGCGUCUGAGCUGCAGCGACUGUCAUGCGGGAAGGAUCUUGAGAAGAAGAGGGACAUGAGGAAACGUCUUUUGUCAGAUUCCUCGGGACAGAAGACUUGUGUGAUGGAAGGGCCUGCGUUGUCACCUUCUCCUAGAAUGUCUUCUGCUAAAACCGAUGAUUCCAUACAAAGCUCUGUGCUCACGCUGGCUGCAGACUCUUCCUCUCAUCGAUGGUCAGGGAAUGUGUUUAAAUUCAAGUCAUUUGGUACUUCAGACAAGAAGAUCCGAGACAGUUCUUUGGAUGGAAGCACCAAAUUUGGGAGCCAGACAGAGCUGAAAGCGUCAUUUCAUUGUCCGUUAGUUGAUACGACAACAAGGGACUCUUUCAGUCUUCAGGAUUCUGUGUUCUAUGAUAGCAAAUUCAACACGCCACAUAAUCAGAAACCAGUCACCUCCAGCACAUGUGCACGACCAUCUGCCCCUCCCCCACAGAUCCUGGGCAAUGAUGACCUGGACUUUGAUAUAGACAAUUUUGAUAUU